AAUUAGUUUGAGUGGAAACAGCAACAGCAGUAGCAAUGGGGGAGAGAGAGAGAGAGAGAGAGAAAUCCAAGUACGAAGCCUGUCAGGCGAAUCAACCAUCGUCUCUAUUUCGCCCUACAAUUCAGUCCGAGACCUCAAGCUCCUCCUCCGUCGAACCUUCCCUCCCGCUUCUAGUUCCCCCUAUUUUCAUCUCUUCCUUAAGGGUGUAAAAUUAGGUUUGCAGAGCAAGAUAAGUUGCCACUCAAUUGAGUCAGGAGAAUUCAUGGUUCUGGUUCCUUAUAUGAAGAAGGAUCAGCAACAAACCCAGCUGCAUAAUAAAGCUUCUGCUAACUUGAAAGGCAAAAAUGAAUUUUCAACAUCAAAAGCCUCUGGUUCGGUGAGGUCUGAUAUGAUGCAAGACCUUUCUUUCCUACGCAACAUACCCAGAGAGGAAAAUCUAUGUAGUGUUGUGUCCAACAGCAUUCAUUCUGCAGAUAGAAAUGAAGUGAGUGGGGGAUCCUAUAUUAAUACGUCUUCAGAACCCAAGGUGAAGAAAAGGUUCCAUAGUCAUAGACAGGAAGGUCACAUAGAUGACCUCGUAAUCAGUAUACUGGCGUCAUCUGAAAACAGUCAGCUUGAUCAACACAAUUGCAAAAGAUUUAUGCAGCUUUUGGAAUCAGUGAAUUGUCUAUCCAAUCCGCAUUCUGGCGACUGCGUGGUAAAAGAAGCACGUUUACAAGGCAAUGGCAAGAACCCAUCUGAAAAUGAGAAUGAUUUGUGCCUCUGCCCCUCUUGGCUAAAGAGAAUAAUGAAGGCAUUUUAUUUCUUGAACGUUUAUUCUGCCUAUCUUCAUAUGCGACAGGAAAUAGUCACCUUAACCUGUUUGAAUGAAUCACUGGACCAACUUGAUAAAUUAGGGCUUGAAGUUGGCAUUGCUGAUCUAGAGAUUCUUUCUAAUCUUUGUCCUAAGGUUGUACGCUUUGUUUACGACAAAGCAGGUGAUGAUGUGCUCGAUGCCCUUGUUAUUCUCAAUUUGCCAGUAGAACAGAGACAUCCAGUUGAAGCAGUUCAAAAAUGUUUGCCUAUGGCAAAGUUUGUCCAGGCUAUGCAGAAAAGGGAAGGGUCAUUCAAAACGGUUCUAUGCAAUGCUGUUAAAUUGUAUAUGUGUAAAAAGGGAGAUGAGAUGGUGCAAUUCCUUUCCUUGGCGGAUCUACUCAUGUUUGUGACAGGAGGUGGUACAGGGGAAAGUGCAAGUGAAGCGAAACGGCCAAGGAGAAGCAAGUCUAUAGCUUCAAGUUCUCGUUCAUUUGAAGCACGAUGUCAUGAAACAAACCCAUUGCUACCGGUGGAAAUGGUAGAACAUCUGAAAAGGGGCAUUGGAUCUCGUGGACAGAUGGUGCACAUUGAAGAAAUUAGUGCCAGAGUUGCCAACCUUGUUGACAUCCCAGAGGAACUGUCAGAGAACAUGAAAUCUGCUCUUAGAUGUAUUGGAAUUAAUAGGUUGUAUAGUCAUCAGGCAGAGUCUGUUCGGGCUUCCCUUGCUGGCAAGAAUGUAGUUGUGGCGACAAUGACAUCCAGUGGGAAGUCUCUUUGUUACAAUCUGCCGGUUCUUGAAGUAUUGUUCCAGAAUUUGUCAGCAUGUGCUCUCUACCUCUUUCCAACGAAGGCUUUAGCUCAAGAUCAACUAAGAUCUUUGUUAGCUAUGGCAAAAGGGUUUGAUCGUAGCUUAAGUAUUGGUAUCUAUGAUGGUGACACUUCUCAGACAGAUAGGAUUUGGCUGCGAGAGAAUGCUAGACUGUUGAUCACAAAUCCAGAUAUGUUACAUAUGUCCAUCUUGCCAUGCCAUGGGCUAUUCAGGCGAAUUUUAUCAAAUCUGAGGUUUGUUGUCAUUGAUGAAGCCCAUGCAUAUAAAGGUGCAUUUGGAUGUCAUACCGCUCUGAUAUUGAGGAGACUUCGUCGGCUUUGUUCCCAUGUGUAUGGUAGUGACCCUUCUUUUGUAUUUUGUACUGCAACUUCUGGAAACCCUCGUGAACAUGCUAUGGAACUUGCUAAUCUACCAACAAUGGAGUUGAUUCAGAAUGAUGGUAGCCCUUCUGGUCGAAAGCUCUUUGUUCUCUGGAAUCCUCCUUUGAAUCCAGAUACUGUCUUGAAGACAAGAAGCAGCAGAGAUACUAAGGUUUCUUUAGAUAAGAAUAUGGGUCAUACACGCAGCAGAGAUACUAAGGUAUCUUUAGAUAAGAAUAUGGGUCAUACACGCUCAAGCUCGAUUUUGGAGGUUUCAUGUCUAUUUGCAGAAAUUGUUCAGCAUGGGCUUCGUUGCAUUGCAUUCUGCAAAUCACGCAAGCUUUGUGAACUUGUUUUGUGCUAUACGCGUGAGAUUCUUCAGGAGACGGCGCCGCAUCUGGUUAGCUCCAUUUGUGCUUAUCGUGCUGGCUAUAUAGCUCAGGAUAGGAGGACAAUUGAAAGGGAUUUUUUUAGCGGGAAGCUUUAUGGGGUUGCUGCUACGAAUGCCUUAGAGUUGGGUAUUGAUGUUGGGCAUAUUGAUGUAACCCUGCAUCUAGGGUUUCCUGGAAGUAUAGCAAGUCUUUGGCAGCAAGCUGGAAGGUCUGGGAGAAGGGAAAAGGCAUCCCUUGCCAUAUAUGUUGCUUUUGAAGGGCCUCUUGACCAGUAUUUUAUGAAAUUUCCCCAAAAACUCUUUAGGAGCCCCAUUGAGUGUUGCCAUAUUGAUGCUCACAAUCAGCAGGUGCUUGAACAGCACCUGAUCUGUGCUGCUGCUGAACUUCCAUUGAGUUUGCUUCAUGAUGGGAAUUAUUUUGGUCCUCGACUAGGGGAUGCUAUGAUGGCACUUAAAAGUAAAGGGUACUUGACUACUGAUCCUUCACGUGAUCCUUCUGCCAGAAUUUGGAGUUACAUUGGGCAUGAGAAAAUGCCCUCUCGUUCGGUUAGUAUACGAGCAAUAGAAACUGAGAAGUACAAAGUGAUUGACAAGCAAAAAAAUGAACUCCUUGAGGAGAUUGAGGAAAGCAGAGCUUUCUUUCAGGUUUACGAUGGUAGCGUGUAUAUGCAUCAAGGGAAAACCUAUCUGGUGAAGGAGUUAGAUAUAUCAACCAAAAUUGCUUUGUGCCAAGUGGCUGACUUGAACUAUUACACAAAGAGUCGUGAUUACACAGAUGUUCAUGUCAUUGGUGGUGAAACUGCCUAUACAGCAAGGAUUUCCAACAUGCAGAUUUCAAAAACGACAGCCCAAACAGACACUUGCAAAGUAACAACCACUUGGUUUGGUUUUUAUCGUGUAAGGAAAGGAAGCAACGAAAUUUUCGAUACAGUUGAUCUUUUGCUUCCUAAGUACUCGUAUGAAUCUCAGGCUGCUUGGAUUCGAGUCCCACAAUCUAUAAAAGCAGCUGUUGAAAUCAAGGACUUCCGCGCAGGCUUACAUGCUGCGGGUCAUGCUCUUCUUAAUGUGGUGCCUCUAUACAUAAUUUGCCACUCAUCAGAUUUGGCUUCCGAGUGUGUAAACCCUCAUGAUACCCGCUAUGUUCCUGAAAGAAUUCUGUUAUAUGAUCAACAUCCUGGAGGGACUGGAAUUUCAGCACAAGUUCAGCCUCUUUUCACUGAACUAUUAACUGCUGCUUUGGAACUUCUCACAUCGUGUUGCUGCUCUGGGGACACUGGUUGCCCUAACUGCGUUCAAAGUCUAGCCUGUCACGAGUACAAUGAGGUUUUAGACAAGGACGCGGCUGUUAUUAUCAUUAAGGGUGUUCUAGCGGCAGAAAAAUCCUACUUCAAUGGUUUUUCCUGAGUCUCCGCAAACACAUCAGGUGCAGCAUUACCAUGCAUUGGCUGCCCAAGAAAGUAGGAAUGGAUUAUUCACCCUCUUGUUUAGUGGGAGAGGGCGGUAUCUUUUAUUCACUUUUCUUCCAUUAUUGGCGACGUUUUGCAUCUCUUUGCUACAUAGGCAGGGAUUGAAAUGUUAAAUUUUGCGAGUUUAGUUAGUCCAAUUACUAAAAUCUAAACUUCAUGGUAAAGGCUCUUGUGUAAAGGGAACAGGAUGGAACCAGGAAGGACCAGUGUUCUAAAACAAGAAUUUAAUCGUCAAUUAAUUACUUGCGGGGCCUAUUCGAUUAA